AAUCGAAACCGGGGAGCUGCUGUCAUCAUGUGUCAUUCCCGUCACAGCUGAGAGUGUUUUUCUUUAUUUUUCCGAUAGAAAAUUAUGAGGUAGAAAUUUUUCCUUGUGUUAUUGUGCCUUUUAAAAUACACUGUGCGCUUCUUUUGCAUCUCAAACAUUCUUAUCUGAUGUAUCAUCUGGCCAUUGGGGCAAUCAUCCAAUUGUAAAGAUAUCAUCACGUGCCAUAUUUCUCCUAUAUAAUUUUUUUUUUGCUAAUCUCUUGCGCAUCCUGCACAAUGGCAUCGCUUUUAGCUGCCACUCAACGCUUGAAGGUUUCUUUUACCACAAGCGAACACCAACCGCAAGUUUUCGUGGUAAAGGAAGUUUACGAUGGUGGAAAUGCUCAGGAAAACUUUGAAUCUGAACUGGAUAGAGCCCUCUUUGCCAGGAUCAAGUACAUUAUCAUAGAGCCCCCUCGACUAGGAGAGGAAACAGCCAGGUGGAUUACGGUGGGGAAUAUUCUGCACAAGACGUCAGUUGCAUGUGGCCUAUCGUCAAUUGUGUCAGGAUUCCUCCUGCCAAAUCACUGUAUCAUCAGCGUUCCAUUGUGCGCAGUAUCCGUCAUCUUUACGGGUCUCUACACAAUUUCCUGGCACUUUGAUCCUUGCUGCCAGUACCAGGUGGAAAAAAAUCGUAAGACGCUGGAAAAACUGCCUUUGGAGGGGAAGGACAGUGUAGUCCUUGUUUAUUCGGAAAACACAAGGGAAUGCUAUAUUCAGAGGACUGUUACAAUUUUGGCUGCUGCCUUUUGCGCCUGGCGCUUCUAUGAGUCCUUUAAGUGAGUCCAACUCCAAUAGUAAUACCCAUUUAAAAGUUCUUGGCGAGGAAAAGAAUCUUUGUCUGUGUUUUCUUUUUUCUAAAAAACAAAAUAUGAGCAUUAGGCGCAAAUCCACUAUUUCGUGAUUUUCUCUUUCGAAUUUUCUUUCUGGAAAUUUUGGCAAAGAAAAUUCUGAGAGAGUGUAAAGAGCAAUAUUGGUGGAUGGAGGAGAGACUGUGGAAGAUAGUACAUGAAAAUAGUCUCUGAAAUUAGGAUGAUGUUACUAGAAGUUAGGCAAACGGGAAAUAAUCUCAAUUGAGAAUGAUGCAUUUACGACAAAGUUUUUAAAUUUAGGAAAAGAAAAUUGCAACAAGAAUGUAUUUGGAGGACUGCUUUGGAGAUCUUCUCAAAAAAACUAAAAACUGUGACAAAAGACGAGUUUUUUUUGCUUUGAAGAAAAUUGCAUAGUUUUGUAAUUUAAUUACUUAGAAAGUUUAUUUUAGGAAUUUUUUUUAGUGGUUUUAUGUUUAGUAGUUUGAAUUAAAAAGAAUGGAUUUAGGUGAGAUCUUCUCGAUGAUUCGACACAUUUGUUAUUGCUUCUGACGUGUCGAUCGUUGUGAAGGAAAAAAAAAGAGUCAAAUAGAGCACAAGAUUAGGGAUGUAGGAAAUACUAGAUCAAGUCCAAAAGUGUAUUGUUAAAUAAGUCUAAAAGAAAAGUGAUUGUGAAAAAAAAUUGAAACAUCCUGAUGAGAUAUUUUCUAAUAGAAAUCGCCUAAAACAAA